AUGACCGAUUCCACACAGCCACUUGGGGGGCCCCGAGUCUGGACUACCCUCAUCACCAACACAAACUAUCUUUCCGGCCUUCUGACACUCGACUAUUCUCUCAAAAAAGUCGGCUCCAAGUACCCUCUCAUCGCACUCUACACGGACGCCUUCCCCGCCGAGGGUCACGCCGCCCUCGAUGCGCGCGGAAUUCUCAAACGCCAUGUCCCAUAUCUGCUGCCCUCGGUCUCCAAGGAUUACACCAAUGACGUGCGAUUCUACGACUGCUGGAGUAAAUUGACCCCGUUCUCGCUCGUCGAGUACGACCGCGUCGUGCAGCUGGACAGCGAUAUGGUCGCGCUCCAGAAUAUGGACGAAUUGAUGGAUCUCGAACUCGAUGCGCCGGAGCUGGACGGGACGGGGAAUCGUGUCUUCGCCGCGAGUCAUGCUUGCGUGUGUAAUCCGCUUCAAAAGGCGCAUUAUCCGAAAGAUUGGAUCCCCGCCAACUGCGCCUUUACCACCCAGCACAAUGAUCCGGAAUCAGCACAAACGACGGGAGCCCCACCCACUGCAGGCCUGGGCAUGCCCAAUGGUGGCCUCCAAGUAGUCAACCCUUCCAAGGGGACCUACGACAAGAUCAGCGCGCAACUCGCCUCAUCCACCGCGUCUAACUACGACUUUGCAGACCAGUCGCUGUUGGGCGACGUUUUCAACGGCCGCUGGGUCGCCAUCCCUUACAUUUACAACGCCCUCAAGACCUUGCGGUGGAAAGGCGUGCACGAUGCGAUCUGGCGCGAUGAGAAUGUGAAGAACGUCCAUUAUAUCUUGAGCCCGAAGCCCUGGGAUGAGUGGCAUGCGCAGCAGAGGGGGGAGCAAGCACAGGACUCGGAGAAGAGUAAGGACCCGUCUCAUGCGUGGUGGAUCUCCUUGAAUGAAGAACGCAUUGAGGCGGAAAAGGCCCAGGGUCUGAAUGAUCGGUUUUGA